AUGGACAACAUAGAGAAUUUCAGGGAGAGGGCGCUGGAGGUGGCCAAGGAUCUAGAGGUUUUCAGCGAUGCAUAUAAUGUGGGCACUCUCAGAAAUCGUGCUGAGGAAGCAGCAUCAAGGGCAGUGCACGAUGCCUCACGGCGGAUUGAAGAGGCCAUGGUGAAAGCUGAACUGGCCAGAAGAAGAGCAGAAGAAGAUGCUGAGAGUGGUGGGAAGAAUAUGACGGAUGCCAUGAAGAGGGAAAAGUUGGUUUCUGCUUUGGAGCGGGGGGACAAGUUGCAACAGCAAGUGAACCAGAUGGAGGAAACUAUUGCUGAGUUGAGAAGGGAUGUGGAUGAGGCCCGCAAGGAGAAGAACUGCAUCGAGCAGGCCUCCAAGCAGGCGUGGCUCGAGGUGGCGUCUCUGAAACAGGAGGUGGCGGAACUGAAGGUAAAGAAGGGCCUCCUGGAAGAGCAAGCAGCCGAGGUGAAGGCUGCACGGACGAAGACCCGCGAGGGAAGCAGCACUUCUGAAGAAACGAAUAAGUCAAGCACCAAGUCUACUAGCUCCUGGAAGGGCUUGUUCGUGCUGUGCAAACGAGCCAAGGUGGCGUGCUAA